AGGUCCGGCCAUCUUGUAACGACGAAGCGCUGUUGUCCGCAAAACACCCCCGAAAUCUCGGAUUCCGCGUGAAAUAAUUAGUGCAAACCGUACGUGGACGUUUCCGUGGGUGCCGUAUGUGCGUACAGACGUCCGGCUCACGUGUACCGAGCGUAAAAACAAACUCUCAUUGACUUUGCUGGAUUUCCGAUUGUUUUUCUGUGUUACAUUUUUUGUGUGAGUGUGUCGUAAGUAGUUGGAUCUUCCCACGGAGCGACGCCGAGUACACCAACGGAUAUUAUUCUAAAUUACGAUCGACGGCUUAAUGGCAGCGUUAUGGAUAAGGCCUAACCGGUACCCGAUGAUUUUUCUCCGAAUAAGGUAGCAAAUAAUACGGUAAGAUGGGCUGAACGGACGUAGAAAAGAAGGUUUUGUUUCAAGAAGAGCAAACACCUUAAUAUCGAAGUAUUGCGGACAGGAAAUGGAUAAAGAAAAUGGGAAGGCCAACGAGAGUACUUCUGGCCCAAGCAAAGUGUCAAACGUUCAAGAUCCUGCCGCACUGCUGGACGCAGCUAGCCUCUUCGGCGCUUACUGGCCAAGGGGUGACGCGAACGCGGCUAAUCUGUUCGCGGCCGCAGGCGGUUUCGGGCUACCGCCCCACGCGGCCACCCUGCCGUUCGGCAUGCUGCCGCCAACGGCGUCGGCACCUGCGGCCGGACGGGGCGGCGGCGGAGGCGGCGGUAACUCCGGCCUGCCUUCUUACCCGGCCGUGUCGUCGGCGUCCUCUUCGAGUGCGGCGGCGGCGGCGGCCGCCGCUGCCGCCUACAGCAACGCGUACAACAAUACCCUGUCGGUGGCGGCCAGUCAGGCGGCGAGUUUGGGAAUGCCGGCGGCAAGUGCCGCCUGGUGGUCGAUGGCCUCUCACCUAGCAGCCCAGGACUACCUAGCUCGAUUGCAAGCGUCCGGUUUGAAUUUCCCAAUGGGAAACCCUGCCGAUCCGUAUUCCGCGUUGGGAAUCUCGUCGCUGGCGACUCACCACAAGUCCUCAAAAAACUCCAAAUCUCUUUCUUCGAGGUCCGGCUCGAAUAGCGCACGAGAGAAGGUCUCUACGUCAUCUACGGGGGCCCACAAUUCGCAUAAACUCAACUCCACACUGACAUCGAGCAGCAAAUCGUCUUCGUCGAGUAACGCCGCUCUGAAAUACUCCUCGCCGUCGGGCCUGACAAUACAACCCAGUAUAAAGUUGCCGGCGACGAAUGCGGUGGGUGGCGGGGAAAAAUCGCGGAAAUCGGGCAGUGCCGAGUUGAGUUACCUGAACAAACUCGAGAGUAAACAGAAAAACAGUGUCAGUGGCGGCGGCGCGAGUGCCAAACCGUCGUCCCCUUCGCCGAGCAUAUUCACCAAUCCCCUAAGUUUGGUCAGUAACGCGGAAAAGGGCGUCUCAAUUUCAAAUUGCGGCGGCCAAAAUUCCGCGAACAACGUCAGUGGUGCCUGCUUGCCAUCGAGUAUUUUAAGUGCCGCCCUGGAAGGUAGCAGUGAUCCUAAUUCAAUUUUGGGCGGUGUUAGGUUGCCACCCGAUACCGAGAUUAUAAAGUAUACGUCGUCGAUUGUGGGGCCCAAGAUACCGGGAACAACGAACCGGGGCCGAAAGAAGACGAUUUCCCUGGAUCCCCCUUCCGUCAGUGUGCUCCCGUCUCACUCCAGUACCGGAUUGCUAAUCGAGAGGACGACGAAAAAGCCAAAGCUAAGCGAUCAAGAACUGACCCCGCCGAAUACUCCCAAUUCCGAUCGCGUGGAGGUGAUUAAGUUGCCGGCCACCAAUGGGAGUCCUUCGGGUAUUUCGUCUUUCAACGCUUUCGAUUCGGGUGGCGAGGCGCCACUGAACCUGUCGCUGAAACCGAGCUCCUCGGCCAACAAUUCGACGAGCUCAUUGAAUUCCCUAAGCAAUAUGUCGGCUAAUAUCGGAAUGGAGAGAGUCUCACGUCGUAAACCUGGCCCGAAGCCGCGCAGAGUGGUGCCGGUGGAGUCCGCGCAGCCUUCCCCAUCGAACUCGAAUACCUCGUACAACCAGGCGUACUUGACCGCGGACUCACCACGACCGCCCAGUCGCAACGAGGGCUCCGACGGCGGUAGUUCGACCUCGUCUACGUGCACUUCGCUGCUGACCACCCCGCUGUCGUCGGUGGGCGGGACCGCGUCCACCAUGUCGCUGACCACUAGUCAGGGCAGCCACAAGGAGGGCAGACCGCGAAAUUUGGGACGUGGCGUCAGCAAACCGAAGAAGAACACGGUGGCAUCGCUGCUGGCCCAAAGUCGGGCGUUGGGUAUCAAACCGGUGCCUAUGCUGGACCCGAACGCAUCGAUGAACCAGCAAAUGAGCAUGCUGAAGUCGAACAUUCUGGCGGCCCAGCAGUACAUCUCGGAAGCGGGGGGCGACGAGAAGGCUUUAAAUAAAUUUUUACAGGAAAGGUUUAAGGGCACUUUGAGUGAUUCCAGUACGGUAGACGCUUCCGAUUCUGACAAUUUGACUGAUUCUAAUCAUACUGAUUCAGAAAUCGAAACGGAGGUGGUGGCCAAGAAGCAGAAACAAUACGACGAACGGCUGCUACGGGUACCGCUCGAACGAGGUUGGAAACGGGAAACCGUCAUCAGGGGUCUGACCAAAAGUGGCGGGAUAAAAGGUGACGUCACGUAUUCCGCGCCGGACACAUCGAAUAAAUUUAAGCAGAUGUCUGACGUCACCCAGUACUUGGAAUAUCAGAAGAACGUCGACUUAACCAGGGACAAUUUUACGUUUAGCUGCCGUGUGAUAUUGGGCGAUUACUUGCAGCCCGUGCCAGCGGAAAUGCAAACCGAUGCCAACGAAUACGUUUACCUGACCGAGGAAGAGGUCACGAAAAGACUCGAUGAAAUUAAAGCGACAAUGAGAACGAGUCUACCAGUAGAACAACGAAUCGAAAUGGCUAGGAAACAGCAGGCCGCCAGGGCGGCAGCACGUUUGGACCGGGAACAGCAGCGGAUAACCAAAGAAUUGGAGAGAAACGAACGGCAGGAAGCGGCCCGCAGAGAAAGAGAGGCCCGGUCCCAGCAAAUGAUGGAGGCUAAGAGAAAACGCCAGGAAGAGUUAGAAAAGCAAAAGCAAGAAGAACAGCAGAGAAAACAGCAGGAGCGAGAGCUGAAGAGACAGCAGGCCGCAAUGCUAAAGGAACAAAUUUACAUACAGGAGAUCAAUAAGCAACGUGAAAUGCUGUACACUGUUGAGUUGGAAAAGGAGCGGAGACGGCAGCACCUCGCAUUGAUCAAAGCGAUGGAGAGCCGCAGGAAGCUGGAGGAGAAGGAGAAGAGGAAGCAGCAGCUGUUGGCCGAGAAGCAGGCGAACAAGGAGCGGAAAAUCGAGCAGCGGAAAGCGGAACUGGAGAUCCUAGCGGAACUGAGGAAACCGUGCGAGGACCUCGAACUCGACCAGCGCCCCCUGCCGGAAUACGACCGCAUCGCGGGCCUGCGAUUGUCGGGCAAAGCGUUCGCCGACGUGCUGAUGAUUUUCGAAUUCCUGCACAAUUUCGGCGAGACGUUGGGAUUCGACAUGGACUCGUUGCCCACGCUGGACUCGCUCCAGCAGGCGCUCAUCCCGAACGAUCAGUCGUACGACGCGGAAGAGGAACUCUUUUCCGUCAUGACGCACCUGUUGGUGUGCGCGAUAGAAGAUCCCGGUAUACCGAAUCCCGCGCGUCACACCACCAUAUUGGGCCAGAGCCUGCGCCAGGCGGACAUCACGCACGCGAACCUGUCGGAAAUAUUGAGGAUCUACUUGUACGCGAACGCCACCGGCGAAGUGAAAGCGUUGACCGGCGUCCAUUUCGAACGGGACAGGGAGAAACGCAUCGCCGACCACCAUCAGACCGAUCACGAGAUGAAUCAGACGAUCAACGGCAAGAACGCGCAGUACUACGAGUAUUUGCACGAGAACGCGACGUACAAGAUGUCGGUGCUGCUGAAAGAGAGACCGUUCAUGGCGUUGUCGCCGACCGACAAGGCGGCCAUGCUGGCGUUCGUUUGCAACGAACUGUUGCAGAACAAGGCGGUCGUCAGGCAGAUCGAGAGCUCGCUGGAGAGCGUGGCGCAUCAGAAAAAGGAGAAGUGGCUGCUCGAGAACAAGAUCAGGAAGCUGAAGGUCGCGCACAACAAGAAAAUGAGGACGGAAGCGUUGGAGAAGUCGCACAACAGAUCCGACCUGGACGAGUCGUCCGCGCUGGACUCGCCCAGCCUACACAAGGACGACCUGCUCGACGACGAGGAGAACGAAAUGAGCGAGAACGAAAGCGUCGGCACCCAACCAGAGGAGGAGGAGGACAACAAGCUCUCCGCCGAGGAACUGGGGAAGAAGCUCGAGAAGUUGCUGAAAACGUCGGAAACCCAACUGGAGUCGCUCAGUAAAUCAAUGCAGCAGCUUAGGGCCGGUAAUUUCGGGGAGGACCGUUACUUCAGACGGUACUGGUCGUUACCGAAAUGCGGCGGAAUAUUCGUCGAAGCGAUGGAAUCGGCGGAGCCCGAAGAAAUGGAAUACCAAACGAUCAACGAUCAAAACGAGAGCAUCAAUAACGGCAUCAGGAGUCUCAACGAACUGAACAGCGUCAUGGAAAACGUAGACAAGAUCAACGACAACAGCAUCGAUAACGAAGUCAGCGACAUCAUCGGCGAUAAGUCGCAGGACGUGGAUAAAUCCACUGAGGCGACGACGGACGAUAACGAGAACGAGCACCGGAAAACGCCGAACAGAUUAAAGCCAACCGAAUUGGAGUCUAAUCGAGAGAACGUCGAAAACGGUGAACUGGACAAGAGCGAGCGCAAUCUCGCGGAACUAAAGAAAAGCGUCGACGAUAUAGUACAAAACCUGGAGCGGAAUAUCGAAAUGGAGAAGGAACAAAAACUGAAAGAAUCUCGCAGUAUUAAGAAGGAGGAGCCGGGGGUGGAGGACGAGGAGACGGUGCCGAUAGCGAACCGGAAGUUUAACCUGUUCGAGAGGUUGGGCCAGUGCAUGGAGCGCGAGAACAAAACGGAGGAAGAUCUGAAGGCGGACGUCAAAGCGGAAGUGAAGGAGGAACUGAAGAACGAGAUACUCAAGGAGCUCAAGUCGGAAAUCAAGAACGAGAUAAAGGUGGAGGCGAUCGAGGAGAGCGAGCGGAAAUGGUUCAGCAUUUUGCACGCGGACUGCGCGACGUGCGACGAGGUGCAUCUGACGACGGGCAGCAAAUGGGAAAACGGCAACGUCGGGGCGUGCACCCGCGACAUAACCGAACUGAAGAUUCCGGUUUUCCCGCCUCCCGGCUCGAAUUCGGUCAACUAUCAUCACGGGUGCGACAGUCCGGCGCCGCUUCAGAUGACAGCUGAGGAACGGGCCCAGCUCGAGCACAUCCAGAGGCACGGCAUGCCCGCAUCCGGUACCAAGAAGUCGGUACCGCCGGAAAAAAGGUACGGCUGGUGGCGAGUAACGAGCUGCGAGCAGCUGCGCGAGCUUUUGGACAACCUCCACGUGCGAGGCGUGCGCGAACGCGAGCUCAAGCGGAACUUCAUCGUGUACAUGCAAUCGACUUACCAGAGGCGUGGUCGCCUGUUUAUAGCCGAAGGCGACAAUGAGCUGACUGAACUGUCUGGAGAGCACAUCGACCGCGUCAGCUACGCCGACGUCGGAGCACCGGCACCGGACGAACCUGGAUCCUGGAACAGGGCGGUCGCCCAUCGGGUCGAUCUAUUUUUGCUCGAGCAGGUGGAAGCUCUGGAAGAUAAAGUGGCGAGCGCAAGCAUGCAGGUCAAGGGAUGGAAAAUGCCCGUCAGAGAUUCGCAAGACAUACCGGAAGGGGAUAUCGUCAAUAUUGUAAGGGAGCGACUGUCGUCCCUCGAGUUGAACAUCGAAAGAAGAUAUUUGAAGCCUCCUCUGGGAAUCAACACCAACAUCCGUUCGAGUACUGGCGAAGCCACUAGCCAAGUCGGCAGUACCAACCAGGAGUCGUCGGCGUCCGCCGGUACGGCGACGGUACCGUCUCAAUUGGUACCGGGUCCCGACGAGAUCCCGAAAGGUUUGACCGUUUGGCGGGAGGCCAUCAACAGGGCCGUCACCUCUGCCCAGCUGGCGAUGUGCCUGUACUCGCUCGAAUCGUCCAUCGCGUGGGACAAAAGCAUAAUGAAAGCUAACUGCCAGUUCUGCCACAGCGGCGACAACGAGGACAAGUUACUUUUGUGUGACAGCUGCGAUCGGGGGUACCACACCUAUUGUUUCAAACCAAAAAUGGAAACCAUACCCGACGGUGACUGGUAUUGCCACGAGUGCAUGAACAAGGCGACUGGCGAACGCAACUGUAUAGUUUGUGGAAAGAAAACGUCUACCACAGGAACGAGACUGAUAGUGUGCGAGCUGUGCCCUCGCGCUUACCACACAGACUGCAUUCAACCUCAGAUACACAAAGUUCCUCGCGGUAAAUGGUACUGUACGAACUGUAUAUCGAAGAAACCUCAAAAGAAACCAGUUAAAAAGAACAACAAAUCGUCCGGUUCGAAAGACGACUCGUUCGAACAGCAGCCUCCUUCUAGUCCCGCCCCAUCUCAUAGCUCAGUGACAACUAACGAAGAUAUGCCGACAACGAAUUGCAACCAGAGUGAUGUUUCGAACUCGAGCCUAACCAAUGCCAGCUCUCCGUCCACGCAGCAGCAAAACUUAAAAAAGGAACGCGACAAGGCAAAUAAAAAACUGAUGAAAGAGUUGGCGCCUUGCAAAGCGGUCAUGGAAGAUUUGGAAUGUCACGAUGACGCGUGGCCUUUCCUAUUGCCCGUCAAUACGAAACAGUUUCCCACUUACAAGAAGAUUAUUAAAAUUCCGAUGGACCUGUCCACGAUUAAAAAAAGACUGCAGGAUAUGGUGUACAAAUCGCGAGAGGAAUUCUGCAACGACGUGAGGCAGAUAUUUAAUAAUUGCGAAACGUUUAACGAAGACGACAGCCCGGUGGGCAAGGCGGGCCAUUGCAUGAGGCAAUUUUUCGAGGCAAAGUGGAACGAGCUGAGCAAUUCUCACAGUUGAGGACUUAAGAGUAAAUUUAAGAGGCCUUAAUCGAAAAAGGCGGGACGCCAGUAUACAGUAUAGGGAGUUGCAUAACUGUAAAUUGUUGUGGUGCUUUUGGUUAGUUAAAGGGCCGCAAGGGUUAAUUGGAGGGCAAGUUUGAGGCACUGUAGUUUUACUGUAAAUUGAUACAGGUAUUUUCAUUGCGUGAUAUUGAUAAUUGACAAUUAUUGAUAAUAUUUAUAUAUAUAUAUGAAGGCUUUUUUACGAUUUUUUAUAUUUUGUCGGCAAACUGGUAUAGAUUCAUCAUUUGUAUGUCCCGGCUGGACAUCGCAUCACAGAUAGACUUAAGUAAAAUUAGUUUGCGAUUUUGCGUAGUUGUUAAACCAUCGACUUCGUCUUUUUUUGAUAUUUUUUAUGUACGUUUUUUUUUAUACAUUAUUUAAACACUUAUUUAUUUAGAGUUAGGUUCGCUUGCGUCAGUUGACAAAUGUGAGUUUGUUUGAUGAAAGUAAUAAGUCGCUACAUUAUCGAACUGUAAACAAUAUGAUUGUUGACUUUUUCUCAAGUGUAUGUUGGUUGAACAUUUUGUAAUAUAAAACUGUAAAAAAAAAAUGUGAAAAAUUGUGUCGCUCAACUCUAAUGGUAAAACUCCCCUUCAAAUUGUGUUUUAUGUAAGCUGAAAACGCAGAAUCUAUUUAAAAUUUAAUGAAUGUAUUUUGGUAGACUAGUUCUAUGCAAAUUAUGUUUUGCGACAUUAGAACUAGAUUAUGUAUUUGAGUGUAAGAUAUUUAUAUUAAUU